AUGCUUCCAGAUGUUUCCACAAACUUCUCGUUGGCGACUGCCUUCUUCCUUAAAAACCCCACCUUUCUCCAAUCCCUUCUUCAUCGGAAAAAGAAAAAAAGAAUCCCCAUUCUUUCUGCAUUUUUUCAGCUCCCCAAAACCCAAUUUCUCCGCAAAAUUUUGCUACUCAACUCAAAUAAAAUGGCUUCAGAAACGGAUUUUUCAUCCGAGCCACUGCCGACUUUCAUCGAACACCUCGCGGCCAACAGACACAGAGACAUCUCCUUCAUUCUCCCCCUCAUCUUGGGCCUAACCUCCCCCAGCCCACCUCAUGAAACCCAGGACGAGGCCGGUCCACGUCAGCCGCGCGGUCGAUUCAUCCUCGUCAGCCCCUUUGCAACCGAAAUAAACGGCGGCAAAAACGGGCGGCCGCCGGCGUCAAAGGCUUCGAUUGACGCCUUGGAGAGUUUGGAGAUCGAGAAUGACGACGAACCAUGUGUGGUCUGCCUGGAGGAUUGGGAAAUUGGGGAGAAGGCUAAGAAAAUGCCAUGCGGCCAUAGGUUUCACGGGAAGUGUGUGGAGAGGUGGCUGAAUAUUCACGGGUCGUGCCCUGUUUGUCGAUAUGAUAUGCCAGUGGAGGAGGAUGAAGAUGGUGAUAAGAGAGGGAUUUGGGUCGGGUUUGGGUUUGGUUGGGUUGAUUCUAGUGUUAGGAAUUGGAGUAGUCGAUUUCGAGAUAGUGAUCAAGAAAUGCAGCAGGGCUAA